AUAUUAUUCGUUCCGUUACCGCACUUCUAGGCUUCACUGUGCGAUUGACACUCAUUGCGGGCAUUAGGAGCCAUCGAAAACUGCGUCGUCUUGAGUGUCAUCCUAUUUGCUUUUCAACUUUCUAGACGCUCGGGAACCACCCCAAGCAGUUGCCGCCGACCGCGGCUCGGUGUUUAUUUCACCCAUAUGUAAGUUCGCAAUAUUUCAGCUUGUUACAAAAUCCUGACAUAAUCAUGGUACUCUCAGCUUUCGUCGCGGAUCCGGGAGCGGGACCCAGCAGCGCUCCAGACCAAGGUUGGCCCGUGCACUCAAACUUGGGGGAUAUGGGGGACCUUUCCAACCAGAGCCCCAACAGAGGUGAAAACCCAGCAGCGUGUGCCACGGCCUCACGGCCUGCCUCAGCAAGACCAGGAUCGGCGCGACCUGGGUCAGCCCGGCCUGCAGCGGUAAGAGCUGCAGUUGCGAGGGCUGCAAGUGCCUCAACUGCGGAGAGACCUGCCACCACUCCCGCAACGAUUCGACAGAGCAGCAACGACGAGGUUGGCCACGACAUCUUGAAGUCACAAAGGGCAAUAUUGGAGAAGCUUGACUUGCUGGUCAGUGCACAGCAGGGCCUGCUGGCAACGCAGCAGCAGCUCCUAGUGACGCACCAGCAAUUGGUGUCGCUGAAGGCUCACAAAUAUGGUGUACACUUUGACGACAAGUCUUCCUGA